AGUUGAAUCCAACCAAUCAGGAGCCCCCUUCCAGAAACGUAUAUUUUUUUUCUUUGCCGCUUCUAAAAAAACCAACCACGAGUCGUCGUCGUGUGGGAGAAUCCAUCUUGAAGAGAGCUCCUCGGCCGUGUGACCAGUUGUAGUAGCUCAAAAUGUCUGAGGCGGAGCAGCAGUACAUGGAGACGUCGGAGAACGGCCAUGAAGCGGAGGACGAUUUUAACGGAGCGGGAGACGGAGACGGCGACGGCGGCAACAACGCCGAGAACGACUGCGGACAAGGCGCCGAGACCGAUCCGGACGGGAACUCGCAGGACGGCGGCCAGAUCGACGCCAGCAAGGGCGAGGAGGAUGCCGGCAAAAUGUUUGUCGGAGGCCUCAGCUGGGACACGAGCAAAAAGGACCUGAAGGAUUACUUCUCAAAGUUUGGGGAGGUGACGGACUGCACUAUAAAGAUGGACCAGCAGACGGGCCGGUCAAGAGGAUUUGGCUUCAUUCUCUUUAAGGAAUCAGCCAGCGUAGACAAGGUCCUUGAACAGAAGGAGCACAGAUUAGACGGCAGACAGAUUGACCCCAAGAGAGCGAUGGCCAUGAAGAAGGAGCCGGUGAAGAAAAUAUUUGUCGGAGGCCUUAACCCGGACACGGCCAAGGAGGUCAUCGAGGAAUACUUCGGGACCUUUGGAGAGAUUGAGACCAUUGAACUCCCACAAGAUCCAAAGACGGAGAAGAGGAGAGGAUUCGUAUUUAUUACGUAUAAAGAAGAGGCUGCUGUCAAGAAGGUGAUGGAGAAGAAGUACCACACCGUCGGAGGCAGCAAGUGUGAGAUUAAGAUCGCCCAGCCCAAAGAGGUCUACAUGCAGCAGCAGUACGGCGCCCGGGGGUACGGCGGCGGCCGCGGCGGCAGGGGGCGUGGAGGCCAGGGCCAGAACUGGAAUCAAGGCUACAACAACUACUGGAACCAGGGAUACAACCAGGGCUAUGGUUAUGGACAGCAGGGCUAUGGCUACGGGGGCUAUGGCAACUAUGACUACUCUGCUGGUUAUUACGGCUAUGGGGGUGGCUACGACUACAACCAGGGCAAUACAAGCUAUGGGAAAACUCCAAGACGUGGAGGCCACCAGAGUAGCUACAAGCCAUACUGAUCACACGUAGUGCAGGUAUGCAUUCUUGCAUCAUCCGUGGUAGUAUGAGACCGUAGCUAUAACCAUUAGUGCCUUUUGGCCCCACAAAGAGCUCCAUCUACACUAAAUCCAUUCAACCAUUGUGGUGGGGGUUAUAGUAGGGCGUGAUGUGGGGUCUGGGAAUCAUGAAAGAUGGAUUCAUUCCACCUGUCUGCCAUCUUGAGAUGCAUCUCUACAAAGCCUACUUGAUCAGUACGGAUUUGUGGUGGUCCAGAAAAAAAGAAACGAGGACUGAUCUGAUCAGCUUGCAGCCGUGUGUCGUCCCCCCCCCCCCCCUGCCCCCCCGUCCCUCCUCUUCCCGCCCCGAAAUGUUUUGUCAUCCACUUUUUUUUUUUUUUUUUUUCUCGUCGUCGAACUCAUUCAUGCACCUGUCUGUCUCUGUGUAACUGCAUGCCACGUCCGGUUAAUCCUCAGUAACGUAAAGCACCGUGUUUUUCUCUCAAGGUCUAAAGUAAAUAAGAAAAAAAGAGAUCCAUGGUCUGACCACAGCGAACAUGGGCUCUGGCUUUUCCUUUGGAGUUGGCAGAAAUUUGGACUCAUGCUCCAUUUGUACAGAUCAAGUGAGGAACUGAGGAAGCAAAUGUCACUUUUCCACUUCUUUUUAUUUUGUAUUGUUUUUUUUUUUUUUUUGUGUCCAUUUACAUUUCCAGCGAUGGAAGUGUUAUUUUUACUGUACUUUUUGGUACCCUUCUUGAAUCUAAUGUAUUGUAUGGUUGUAUUUUUACAUGUCGACUGGACUUACAGACGAGCUGGAGCAAAGGGCUUUGAAAAGCUCUCAAAUAAAACCGAUAUUGCUUUUUUUUUUUUUUUUUUUCCUUCUGUGUUUUCUAGAUUUUUACUUUUGUUCUCCCGUGCCGAGUGUUGGAAGGGGGUCACGUGGCUUCAGAUGUGGGGCGAGGCGAUUUAAAAAGGGAUUUACACUAAUCAAAGGGUUCUUUAAAAAAAUGUGUCAAGUGAGCGCUUCUGGGGCUUGUAGAAAAUAACAACCAGCAUUUAUUUUAAUUUUUUUUAUUUUAUUAUUUUUUUGCUUUUAAGGAAGUUUCUCCCCUCCGUGUCAGCAAUUUUUAAGUGGCUUUAUUAGUGUUAUUCAACUUGGAACGCAAGCCUGUUAUUAUGUAAGAGGGUAACCCCUCUGUCACUGGAAACUCAUUCCUCUAGUGUCUUGGGCAAAUUGAUAGAAAUAAAAAUUUGGUUUAUAUUACA